AUCAUAUAAAAGUUCAAAGCAAGUUAGAUUCUUUGUCACCCAAGUAUGUAUGUGUGUGUGUGUAUAAAAAAUUGUUGCACGUGGACCAAUUAAUUCUUCACCAAGAAUCUGGUGGAAAUUUUCCAUCAGACUACUUAGCCAACAAGGAAAAAAAAAAAAAAGCAGGGAAUUUUACACCCACACCUAGCAAGGAAGCAUAACGUAAACUUUGAUACAAGAAAAAGUAUAUAUCAAAGUUACACACAUCUUUCCAAAAGACAACCCUUUUCUUUGAUGACAAACAAUCCCUGCAUUCCCUUCACAUUGCAAAAACUCCUCAUAUAACAAGAUCACAAAAUAUGUGUUCCUUUCUCAUUCCUUUCUCAUAGCCCAAUCAAUGGCAUUACUCAAUUUUCUUCUUCUUCUCGUCCUUCUACCUAAUUUCAUUGAAGCUCUCUCAAAUGGAACCAUUAAUUCAGAAGACCAAAGCCACACCAUGCAAGCCAUGAUCGUCCAAGCUUGUAACAAUGUCGAAAACCAAAACUCAUGCCUCUCAAACAUACAAUCAAGGCUUGAAACCCUAGAUUCCCAGCAAAACCCUACCUCGGUCCUUAGAGCCGCGCUUGAGGCCACGCUCAAUGAGGCAAGACUAGCCAUUGAAAUGGUGACAAAAUUCAACACUCUAUCAAUUGAUUCUCGUGAGCAAAUUGCGAUUGAAGACUGCAAGGAACUGCUCGAUUUCUCAGUGUCCGAGUUGGCUUGGUCCUUAGCCGAGAUGAAGCAAAUCCGAGCCGGUUCAAAGAACAUCCACUAUGAAGGAGACCUCAAAGCAUGGCUCAGUGCUGCGCUGAGCAACCAAGACACGUGUCUAGAAGGGUUUGAAGGCACGGACCGGCGCGUAGAGAGCUUCAUCAAAGGCAGUCUAACACAAGUCACUCAGCUCAUUAGCAAUGUCCUAACAUUGUACACUCAAUUACAUAGCCUACCAUUUAAACCUCGUAGAAAUGAUACUACCACAAUGAACAAAGCUAUGGAUGAUCAUCCAAAAUGGCUUACAGAAGGUGAUAAAGACCUCCUUUUUGCAAGUCCGAAAGGAAUGCACGUAGACGCGAUCGUGGCGUUGGAUGGGAGUGGCCAUUUUCGUUCCAUCGGACAAGCCAUUUAUGAAGCUCCGAGUUAUAGUAAGAGAAGGUACAUUAUUUAUGUGAAGAAAGGAGUUUAUAGAGAGAACAUUGAUUUGAAGAAGAAAAAGACCAAUGUUAUGCUUGUUGGAGAUGGAAUUGGAGCCACUGUCGUUACUGGUAAUCGGAAUUUCAUGCAAGGAUGGACCACAUUUCGAACUGCCACAGUUGCUGUUUCCGGAAAGGGAUUCAUAGCAAGAGACAUGACAUUUCGUAACACGGCCGGACCUCAAAACCACCAAGGUGUCGCGCUCCGGGUUGAUUCAGACCAAUCUGCAUUCUACCGGUGCAGCAUGGAAGGCUACCAAGACACCCUCUACGCCCACUCCCUCCGCCAAUUCUACCGCGAAUGCAGCAUCCACGGCACCAUAGACUUCAUUUUUGGCAACGGGGCAGCCGUCCUCCAGUACUGCAAGAUUUUCACUAGAGAACCACUGCCAUUGCAAAAGGUGACCAUCACGGCCCAAGGCCGAAAAGACCCACAUCAGAGCACGGGCUUCGUGAUCCAAGACAGCUAUGUUUACGCCACCAAGCCCACUUACUUGGGCCGGCCCUGGAAACAAUAUUCCAGGACUGUGUUUUUGAACACUUACAUGAGUGGGUUUGUCCAGCCCAGAGGGUGGCUAGAGUGGUAUGGGGACUUUGCUUUGAGCACACUGUGGUAUGGUGAGUAUAGGAAUUAUGGGCCCGGUGCUUCGUUAUCGGGCCGGAUCCGAUGGCCCGGUUAUCACAUUAUUAAUGACAAGUCUGUGGCUAAGUUCUUCACCGUCGGGUUCAUUGACGGGAGGUCGUGGCUGCCGGGGACCGGUGUGAAGUUUUCAAGUGGUUUAGACAAUUAGGUCACAUUUGCGAAAGGUUAAUUUGUUUCAAAGUUAUGUUAAGGCAGCGAUGUUAGUGUAAAGAAAGUGCUUAACUAACCAGUGUAGUGAGGUUAGUGAUAAUAACACACCAUGCGAGUUCAUUUCUUAGUCUUGUAUUAUUAUUUCAAGCCACAAUUUGAGAAGUUGAACUUUGAUUGUGGUGAAAAUAUGUACUGUUGCUACUAUUACUUAGUGAUCAAUGGUGGUUUUUAUCAUUA